ACAGCUGACCAUAAAUGUGGAGUCUAUUAGUAUCUUAAUUUGGGAGUAUUUGCCCACUCUGUUUGUGAAAGGUCUCACAAUCUAUCAGAGUGUAAGGACAUAUCUUCUUUAGUUGCCCACACAGGUUUGGUGUUGGAUUUACUUACUCUAGGCCAUUCCCAAGCUUUAAAUUUCUUCAGGUGAAACCAUUCUUUUGCUGAUUUAAAUGUAUGCUUUGGCUCUCUGCAACUAUAAAAAAUAAAGUCCAAGUUCAAUUUUUAGAUUUCUAGCAGGUGCCUACUUAGCAUAUCAAGGGAUACUUUGAUAAAUUCCUCCAGAAAUCACAGUUAAAUCUGAAGAAGCAUUAUGAUGCCACCACCAUGUUUUACUAUGGUUACGGUGUUUGUUUGAUGUUCACAGCUGUUUUUGUGCCAAACGUAGCUUUUGAAAUCGUUGCUCAAAUGUUUAGGCUUGCUUUCAUCUCACUAAAACACAUUUUCAUGCAAGAUGUUUUUGAGAUUUUAAAGAGGAAUUAAUAUUUUAUUUGAAAAAAAGGCUUCUGUCUUGCAAACCUACCAUAACCAACACCCUCCAAAAAUUAUCGUUCUUUCAGUGUGAUUCUCGUUGUUGUCUUCUUUCUGUUUUGUAGAAAUUUCCAGUUUUUCUAUUAUAGCCAUUUUGUAUUUGUCCAAUGCAUGAGAUACAAGUUCGGGUGUAUUUUUACUUAAAGCAAAUGUUGCAAAUUAGCCUUUUAGACGCUUUUGAAUUUUUAAAAAAUGUUUGAAGAUAUAUUAAUCUUUGUGUACCUAAACAUAAAUCUCUCAUUAUACUGUCAUUUAGCUGAUAUAAAUAUUUUUGGGAAUCUUUACUGACCUAAAAUAGCAAAUGUUUCUGAUUUAAUAUCAGACAAUGAGCAAAAGAUGGUAACAUGUCUUUUGAUACAGUGUUUGUAAAUAUCUGGUUUGAAAUGUAUAUGAUGGUAUGGAUUAUUGUUUUCUAUGCUUUUUCUGAAUGAUACUUUUAUAAAAUGAGAUUAAUUUGCUCAUUUAAAACUUCUUCAAAAACUAUGUCUAAAAGAUGCAAAGCUGAAUUUUAUUUUAGGUUAGCCAGAUCCAUCAUAAUUAAAAUCCAGUGUGAACACAAGUAGAUUGAAAGGAAUAACCUGAAAAAAAGUGUUUUCACACAGUUUUGGGUUAAGGGUGUGCAUACGUAUGUUUAUUCUCCCAUCCCCAACUUUUUUUUGGCAUCAUUCCUUUUAUGUUAUAAGAAACCAGGCAUUUUAACAAAAUUAGAGAUAAAAUCCAGCUACCAAAACAGACAUUGAUGUGGAAGCAGUACGGUCACCACCAUGGUUCACAGAGAAAAGAGCUUCUGGAAUAGAAAAACGCCUUUCAGAGCAGAACAGGAGACGCGUUUGACCAACAUAUAGUUGACCAAUCUUUACAUUUAAUUACUGUUAAUUUGUCAGAAAAAGCACACAAAGAUGCACUGAGUGAAUUUUAUCCAACACAGUAAUGAUUCAUCUGAAGAUUUCUUUACUGUUGCAUUCUUUCCUCUUAUUUUGUUAAAAAUAUAAAGCCAGAUAGGAUAAAUACUUCUAUAUAAGACCAUAAAUCAUUAAAUCAAAACAAGCAAAUACUAGGAGACAACUUUCUUUAAAAAUUAUUUGGUUAAAUUUAGAAUUGUUUGUGAAUAUGAUAUGAUAAAAGUAAAGACGUAUAUAAUUACUUUAAAAUUAUAAAAUGUGUUUGAACCCCUGACUGUUCUACAAUUAUUCCACUCUGCAAAUCAUUCAAAACUGCCAAACUUAUUAUGAAUCUCGUGCCCACAAUGCAUUUCUUCUCACCUGAAAUGUAGCUGAGAAAAAGGCUUUUUUGCCAUCAGGAUGAACUGAGUUUUAAGAACUAUGUUCCAAUCAAAUAUUAAAUUCACCAAUGUUCUACAAAAGGCUACGAAAAACAUUUUUUGGCAACAGCAGAUUUCCAUUCUGUCUUGCUUAUAAUAUGGAUAUAAGAUCAUCCCAAUAACAGUCGAAACAAUCAGCAUGGAAGAGUUGCUGUAAAACUAACGCAGUAGAUUUGUUCAGCCACUUUAAAACAAACAGUUUAUCCCAACACUGUUUCAAAUAUAUUGUUCCCAGGCGUAUCUAACAAUAACCUCAACAAAAACAAGCUUAGAUCGAGGUGUUGAGUUUUAUUGCUGUUUGGUCCUAAAGCAGUCCUACUCCAACAAGUGAUCGACUCUAAAACUGAAUUUGCACACAAAGUUGGUGACAAUGGAGGAAACCAUCGCCAUACUAGUAUUGUUUUUAAAACUACAGUUGCAAUAAUGGGUUAGUUAUGAGAUUUCUGAAUGACAACAACAGAUAUUAAGCUUCUGUAAUACAUAGCAUAUGAGGGAAAAUUGAGUUGACAAAAUUCACUGUGUUCAUUACAGAGCUUGUGUUAAGUACGUUUCUUUCCGUUGUUCUUUUAGUGAAAAAACAACAAUAUUUGCUUUUCAGUUCAGUGAAAAUUUGAGCUGUGUUUUUAUUCACAUGGGCACAAGGGACUUUUUCAAAUUUGUAUUCUCUGACAUCCUGGUAAACAUGUGUAAAAAGCAUUAAAAUAAAGUAAUCCUUUAACUUAAAUUGAAAAAUGUAGAAUAAUCAAAUCUGUAAUUGAAGUACAUUUAUUCAGAGGGGGGGGGGGGGGGGGGGGGGAAUCCCAUGUUAAAAAAUGAUAGUAAAAAUGGGAAAAGUGCUGAUGUGACAGAACUUAGUCUUUAUAGAUUAUAUUGCUGGAUUAUGCAGGGAACUUUGCCCAAUUGCUCCAGAUCAGUGGUGUUCAAACCUAAUGCUAUAGUUGGAAAACUGUCAAGUUAAAAAUAUGCGUGAGAGAAAAAAAUAACAUAGAAAACAAAUUUUACAAAUUUUAAAUGGCCUUCAUCUAUUUUGAAAGUGUUCUGGUAUAUGCCACUAGUUUACCGGUAUUUUAAUUAGUUUGUGAUGCUAUGCAUUCCCAAGCUUAUUAUUAUUUAUUAACAUUGAAUCUUUCACCCCCAUAAAUAAGUGUAUUCAAAUAAAAUGAUUGUUUCUAUUGUUUAUUGUUAAAUUAUAGCGCUGUGAAAAAGUAACUGUCUCAUAAACCUACGUUUUUAGGUUUAGCCACAUGAAUGUUUCCAAUAACCUAUUUAAGGUCCUGCUGCAGCAUUUUAAUCAGAUUUAUGUAUGGACUUUGACUAGACUACUUCAAAACCUUAAUUUAUCUUCCUUUUAAGCCAUUCAGAGGUGGACUUGUUGGUGUGCCUUGGACCAAGUGUGCUUGAACUUAAAGUCAUGACAGAACAUCCUCAGGAUUUUCUAACAGAGAGCAGAAGCAACUUUGACUUGCAGAAUGAUUUUAUUUUCAAUCCUAAAGACCAGCUAUUACAAGGUGCACACAUUCCCAAAAAGUUCCACUUUUAUCUGUGGAUGAAUGUGAGACAGGCCUCUUUGUUCUUGUUGGUUAGCAGUGGUUUUGGCCUUGGAUUUCUCCCAUAGAUGACAUUUUUGCCUUGUCUCUCUUUCUUGUUGUUAAAUCAUGAACACUGACCUUAGCUGAAGUGAGGCCUACAGUGCUUUAGAUGUUAUUUUUAGUCAUUUUGUGACCUGGAUGAAUUGUUGAUGCACUCUUUGAGUAAUUCUGGUAGGCUGGUCUGACCUACUCCCAUGUUUUCUCCGGUUGUGGAUAAGUGGUCUUACUCUAGUUUGCUGAAGUCUCAAAGCCUUUGAAAUUACUUUGUUGUCAUUUUCUCAGAAAGAUAGAUGUCGGUUCUUUACAUUGGGACAGGAUCAAUUGCUGUUAGAAAACAUGUAGCCACUGGAUGGGUAAUAUGAACUUAAAGUUUUAUCAUGAUUGUAAUGAAGGUCUUCAUUACUGGGAUGAACACACUUAAAAGGGUGUGUUGAAUAAGAAACAGAUACAGAUUGAAGUAUUUUAUUGUUUGAUAUUUUGUGAUACUAUUGUGAUAACAAUAAAAGUGAUGAUAAGAACAAUUUAUUACUUAAUUUUUUAGGGUGACUGUAUGACUGCAACUGCGUUGCACAGCAAUCAUAGCCCCACAAACACAAACACUACUCUUCAAAGACAUACCCAUUUCCAAUAUGCUUCGUUUGGGCACCAGUCACAUAAAGAAGUGAUUUAUAUCACUAACCUGCACACAUUUAAUUAUAUUUUGAAAUGUAUAGAUAUACGUUGAACAAACUGGAAAAAAAUAGUAAAGAGAAUAACAAUCCCAAAAAUAAGGCCAGUUGUAAAUAUCACUUCAUUGGAAUUUAUCAUGACAACAAUAAAUUUAAAGUCUUAUCAUGACAAGAAAUGCAUCACAAUAAAUAAUAAAUGAUAAAAAAUGUAUUCUCACCUCCAGUUUAGCCUGUUUCCCGUUCUCAGAUCCAUUUAAUUGAUUUCUUGAGGUUUGGCAGUGGCCUGGAUGUGGGAAGUUAAAUUAAAGCAAAAAAAAAAAAAAACUUUUUCCCAACACUUUAUGCUCCAGGAGAGCAAGAGGUUUUGAUCUGAAGACUUUUAGCACAUCUUAACCACAGGUACCUGUGUGUUAUUGGAAAUUCUCUCUAUUUGCCCCUCCCAUAAGCAAAUAAUCGGUUUCAUAAUUUUCAACUUUUUUUACCGGUCAGACUAAUCUUUGUGACCCUUUUGGUUUUUCAUGGUGGUGGGAGGACCACGAUGCUCCUGUUUGUGGGCAGGAAUCUAAUUUGCCUCUAAUAUUGUAUAACUAGUCAUUAUGCAAUUAUUAUAUUGUAUAACUGCUUUCGUUUUUCUGUGUUCCUCUAGUGUGUGUGCCCCCACUACCUGCAUUAGGUUGUGAUGACCCACACUACUUCCAAAUGUAUCUGUGACCCUCCCCAAUCCUGACUCCUAACCUCUAAUCCCUGACCUUUGACCUUCACUAUGGGCAGUGUUGGCAGUGGGGUGGCAGGAGAGCAGGAGUUUGCCAUGAAGUCCGUGGGCACGAGGACCACCCUGCCCCGAGCCCCUCCUCUCUCUCGCCGUUGCCCUGCAGACCGCAGCUGCAGCGCCGAGCGGCUGCCUCGCCCCCCGGCGACUAUUUCGGACGGGACGGCGUCAAGCGAUGAGCGAGGCAGUGUUAGUAUCGGGACUGGGACCUGCACCGGGACUGACAGGCCAACAGAGACAGUCUCCUCAACCCACACUGAAUGUACCAUGACCGCCCCCUCCAACAACAACCAACUGGACUGUGGGAACGUAGCUGUCAGGAGGGAGAGGGAGUGGCAGCGCGAGAGGGGCAGGGACCGGGACCGGGACAGAGAUUGGGACCGGGAGAGGCUCGAGAGGGAGCGCGAGAGGGAGAGAAACCGGGAGAGGGAGCGGGAGCGGGUGGAGAGGGAGAGGCUGGAGCGCGAGAGGGAGCGAGAGAGGGAGAGGGCCCGGGAAAGGGAAAGAGAGAGGAUAGAGAGGGAGAAGAUAGAGAGAGAGAGGGAGCGAGAGAGGGAGAGAGAAAGGGACCGCGAAAGAGAGAGGCUGGAGAACGAGCGGAUGGAGAGAGAGAGGGAGAGGGAGAUGCAGAUGCAGGCGGCCGGUCUGGAUGUUUGUGGAAACAUUGUGGGUCGAGGAGUCAGCGAGAAGACCAGUGUGGGCAUGAACCACCACCAGCACAGAGAGAUGGUUGCAACUAGAACCGACAAUGAAAACAAUCCAGUCAGCCACAACCCACCAAACCACAACCCGCCCAAGAUCAUGGCCGUGUCAGGAAAACUGGAGCAGGCGAUGCAGAGCACCUCCGGCCUCGUCCGUCCCUCCGCCUUCAAGCCGGUGGUUCCCAAAAGCUUUCACUCCAUGCAGAACCUGGUGGGCCAGGCGGGAGGGGCCGGGGGCGAGGGAAAGACUGACGCCAGGGGCGAGGGGUUCAGUGAGGGCAGAGUAGGCAGGAGAGGCAGAGACGCAGUGGGAGGGGAUGGAGGGGUAGUGCCAGAGGCCCUGCUGCUGGACCAAGACAGUCCAGUUAGGGUCAGCAGGAGUGAUGGAGGGGGAAAUGGUACUGAAGUGGUUCAGGGAGGGAUGUCAGAUUCAGGGAGAAACUCCCUGACUAGUCUGCCCACCUACACAGGCUCGGGGUCUGGAUGUGGGCCCCCAGCGGUUUUAGGGCCCCUAAGUGCUUCUACCAGCCACAUUAACAGGUUGGGCAUGGCGGGGGCAGCUGCAGGUCUGGACAAACUGGACAAACCUGGCUACCAGCAGAACGGGCUGAGCGCCUCAGACAGUGGUCGGUCCUCCUCAGGGAAGAGCUCCUCGUCCUAUCAGAGGCUGAGCCACCUGAGUGACGCUCCAGCACCUCUGCGACCCUCCCCCUCGUCUGAUGACAUCAUCCAGGACCUCGAGGACCGACUGUGGGAGAAAGAGCAAGAGGUACAGCACAUGCGCAGGAACCUGGACCAGAGUGAGGCGGCCAUCAUUCAGGUGUUUGAGGAGAAGCAGCGUGUUUGGGAGCGGCAGAUGGACGAGCUGAGACAGAACUACGCAUCACGUCUGCAGCAGGUUACCCGCCGGGCUCAGCGUUCCCAGACCGCUCUGCAGGCCCAGAUCACUCGUUUGUCUCAGGACAAGAGGAGGCUCCAGGAGGAGAUGGCGGCCCUGUUGGCUCAGAGAGAGGAACUGGAGAGAAAGUGCCUGGACUACAGGAAAGAACAGGCUGACAUCCUGCCGCGUCUGGAGGAGACCAAGUGGGAGGUUUGUCAGAAAGCAGGUGAGAUUUCCCUGCUGAAGCAGCAGCUCAGAGAGAGUCAGGCUGAAGUGACCCAGCGGGCCGGAGAGAUGGUGGCCCUGAGGGGCCAGCUGAAGGAGCUCAACGCCCAGCUGAGGGAGCGGGAGGAGGUCAUGCUGGGUCUGAAGGACUCCUACAGCACAAAGUGUCUGGAACUGGAGAAGUGUGAAGGCGAGCUGAGGAGGACACUGUCUGAGGUGUCCAUCCUGAGAGAGAAGCUGGGUGUGUUUGAGGCAGAGGUGCUAAGUUUAAAGCGUGCUCUGAGUGAAGCGAGCAGAGGAGCAGAAGUGAUUGUGAGCCCGAACUUAGCUGCAGCAGGGCUGCUGCCACCAUGGGGAGCAGUCCACUGCCCUCGAAACCCAACUGAGCCCUCCACCAGCUCGCUCACUCCCACAUCCGACACCCUGCUCAGCCUGCAGAGCGAUGAAGCUAAAGCCCAAAGGCAGGAAGCUCAGAGACAGGAGAGGCAGCAGCGUGAAGAAGCUCAGUGGCGCGAUGUGCAGCACCGACAAGAUACCCAUAUGCAACAGGACAUCCAAAUGGGUCAGAACCCGCAGAUCAGACCGGAGGCCCAGCUCCGCCAGGAAGCCCAGCUCCGGCAGGAGGCUCACCUUCGCCACGAGGCCCAAAUCCGCCAAGAAGCACAGCUGCGUCAGGAGGCCCAGCUCCGCCAUGAGGCUCAAAUGCGCCAAGAGGCCCAGCUCCGUCACGACUCCCAACUCUGCCAGGACAUGCAGCUGCGUCAGGAAGCCCAUCAGCCACAGCGGGCGCAGGAGGGUCACUGGGAUGAGGCUGGGGAGCUGCGCAGGCAGCUUGAGCAGCUGCAGGGUGUACUGCGCUUGGAGCGGCAGCAGCGGGAACGACAAGCCCUCAACUUUGACCAGGAACGGCACACCUGGCAGGACGAGAAGGAACGGGUUUUGAAGUAUCAGGCACAACUGCAGCUCAGCUAUGUGGAAACUCUACAGAAAAACCAAGCUUUGGAAAAGCGGAUGAGCCAGUUGGGAACCAAGCAAACCACGGUCUCCACCACUACUGUUACCACUACCACCACUUCCCCAACCUCCUCUAACUCUCCACCUCCAGCCAUGUCACCAUUGUCUCCUCAGCAACUCCCUUCCUUCUCUGGUCCUUCUUCCCUUUCUGGUCCUUCUUCUCUCUCUGGUCCUUCUUCUCUUUCUGGUCCCCCUUCCCACUCUGGACCUCCAUUUCUCUCUGGUCCACCUUCCCUUUCUGGUCCUCCUUCCCUCUCUGGUCCUCCUUCCAUGUCUGGUCCUCCUUCUCUCUCUGGUCCGCCUUCCAUCUCUGUUCCUCCUUCCCUCUCUGGACCCAUCGCCCUCACUCUCUCUCCUCCCUGUGAAGACCAAAAGGGCCCCCCCUCGCUCCACCAGCUCGCUCCUCCAUGGGCCGGACCGUCGCGCCUGGAGAGGAUAGAGUCUACAGAGAUAUAGACACAGAUUCAUGAUGCUAAUGCUCAUUUUUUCUACACUCACAGUGGUGAGGCCUCUUACACAAAACCCAUUUCAGCAUACAGUAGAAAACAAGGUCUAAAACAAUCACUUUUUUCAAAGCAACAAACCUAUCAGGAACAAACAUCAUAUCAACAAGAAACUGAACUACAUUCUGCAUUAUCGCUGAAUUUUUAACCUCCUAAGGGGCCUUUCUGUCUCUCUUAGUGUUGCACACGGAUACAUCUUACAUUAUCAGAAAUGUGUGCCAUAUGGUUGGAUGGCAAAAAAAUAGAAAACCAUGAAAAAAAAUUUAAAUUACAGACCUAAUACAUGCAUCAUUUAAUUCCCACGCCAGAAAAGGAACAAGACAAUCAGGGAUAUUGUCGGAAAUGAUUAACAAGAAUAUAUUGUGCUGUUUAUUCAUUGUAAGUCUAUGUCACUGGUUAUGUAAAAGUAGAAUUAGUGGUCAGAGUGUGUGACGUCAACUUACAUUUUGGCCAGAGAGCGCCUUACCCCAUCCUUCCCAGCAAGUGUAAGAGAGCAAAUUAGUGCUGGGAACUGAAAAAAAGAAGAAGAAAAAAGUUAGAGAGCGUGGUUAUUUAUUUUCAGUGCUUUAACUGUAAUAUCGGCACACCAGCUGCGCAAGACUAUUAUAUGGGGCUGGACUGUCUUCUUUUUUAAUCUCAGCAGAUGUUGACCUCUGAAGUCUCACACACAUACAGAAACAUACACUGCACAGGGUCCAAUACAUGGCCCAUUUAAACACUAAGACCAAGAGAAUUUAUAUUUUCUACAAAUUGAAUUUAAAUACGACUGCUUAGCAGAUAAUCAACCCAAACUGAGUAUAGAUGACAUUUUUAAGCAUAAGAGAACUCCAUCAGCUCUCACUUUAGAUUCUCUGCAGUGACGAAAAAUGAAGGUCACAGGAGCACGUUUCCAGCUGAACUCCUUCAUUGAACUGCAAGAACGUGAAUGUACGCACACAGUUUGAAUUUGAAUACUAUUAUGAUAAUUGUGUCUCUGUGCAUUCACUGCCAAGAAACCAGCCAGUCAGUCAGGCAGGCAGUCGGUAACCCCAAAGGGAAAACUUUUUAUAGAAUGUAUGAUAUACUUGCAGAAAGAUAUACCUAUUAUAGUUAUAGAUUGUAAAUGUGCGCGUGUGAGGAGGUAUGAAAGAGAGUGUGUGCAUGUGUGUAUACAUAUGAAAAGCUUCAGCUUAUGAGAUUGAAGAUAGAGGGACUAGUGGCAAUACAAACUAAGAAAUAUGAAGGGAAAAGAUGCGAUGCAUAUUUAAAAAUAUUGAGACAAGUAAAAUGGAAAUAAGAACACAUUGCAAUGCUUUGCAAAUCUCUUACAAGUGGAUAAAAUGAGCUGUCUUGUGAUCUCCCGGAAUGGCAAUGAGACGGGGGGCGUCUGGGUUUCCCUACUGGGUCUGUUACCCGGGCAGCUGCAAUAAGUGGAACAACACCAAUGGUUGGACGAUAAACCCAUAUUUCAUUCACUAUGAGACAUAGAACACAUAUUAAAUGUGAAAACUAAUAUAUUGCACCAUUUGUUCAAGACUGCUUAAUAAUAAUCAAUACAAAAAAAGAAAGUAUAAGAAGUUUUUGGAGGAUAGUGCUUUCCCAUUCUUGUCCGAUACAGGAUAGUUGUUCAAUAGUCCUGGGUCGUCACGCAGGCAAAUUCAGCCCCUGUUGAGAACAUAUGCUGCUCUGAAACCUGUGUAUACUCACUUUAUUCGUUGCUGCAGCUUUGCAACAAAUCUGUCUUGAGAUGAUUUGAGGUUCGUUCCUCUCAUUCAGGAAGCAGCCAUAAAAAGAUGGGUACACUGUGGUCAUAAAGGAGUGAACAUGGUCAGGAACAAUCCUCAGGUAGGCGGUGUUUAAACAAUCUCUAGUUGAAUCUAAGGGGCCUGUAAUGUGUAAAAACAUAUGUAAUUUUAUUUAAAUUUACUUCUGAGAGACUCAACAUUAAAACCACACUGCUGCAAAUGGCAGUCAAGAGUCUCUUAUCUCGAAGGUAGACUAUCCAAGAUGCUGGUCAGUCUGUGGUUCAAGCAGGGGACUUUAAGUGCCCUAGCAUCUUGUUCAUGAGAGAGGAUAGGAUAGAGCAGGAGAUAAAUAGACAUGAACUUCAGCUACAGUCAUGCAGGCACUUCUCCCAUCUGCUGCUGGGAAGAAGGCUGAGCUCAAUUGGUGCGUCUAUGUACUCUUCCCUUUCUAUCAUCACAAGAUAUGGGUUAGGACAGAAAAAACAAGAUCUUGAGUAAAAAUGGCCAAAAUGGGCUUCUUCUCUAAUCUCAUCUUAAGUUGUAGAGCGAAGAGCUCAUACUACAGCAGCUGCUCUUCAACACUGAGAGAAGCCAAUUGAAAUGGUUUGGGAAUCUUCUCAAGGUGCUUCCAAGGAGCAUCCCUAUGAAGGCUUUCAUGGUACGCUCAUUUGGGUGAAGACUCUUAUGAUGGCCGAGCAUUGGCUUGAGGAACUGUAUAUGUUUUCCUUCUGGGAAAGCCUUGGGAUCCACCUGAAUGAGCUGGAGAGUUUUGCUGGAAAGAAGAUGUCUGCAUGUCCAACUGUUACCCCAAUGGCCCAAUAUCAGAUAAAAGAAAGAGAAUGGAGGGAUGGAAACUGUGGUACAUUAUCUUAGUUUGCACAUUUGGUAUGUUUACUAUAUUAUCUUCCAGUGUAGGGCAGGGGUCUCCAACUUCAUUCCUCAGGGGCCGGUGUCCUGCAAUUUUUAGAUUUGCUUCAACACACCUGGCUCCAAUAUGAGCUCAUUAACAGAGAUCUGUAGAGCUAGACUGAAUGAUAGUGACACAAUUUCACAAUUUAAUUCAAGUGUGUAUGACAAGGGACACAUCUAAAAGUUACAAGACUCUGGUCCUUGAGGAGUGCAGUUUGAGACCACUAAUUUAGAAGAUUUGCUAACCAUUGCAUUGCGCUUUUAUUUACAUUUAACACAAUGUUACAGCUUUUUAAAGUUUUGGUUGUAUAAAUAAAAAGUAGAUAAAAGCUUGUGAGACAAACAUUUUACAUUGAGGGUGUGUGCAUAUCUAGAAAACUCUUACUUUCUUCUGUAUAAUUUGCAUAGACAAAAGCAGAGAAGGAGGAAGUUUUAAAAAAUAUCUAAAAAGUGGAAAGUUUGCCUUUUUAAAGGAGAGCAUUCAGGCUAACUGCACUAUGUAGUGUCCUACACAUGAGUUAUGAUGUACAGUAGAGUCAGAUGUGAAUAUCACGGCUUUUAUAACUGUUGUUUAUGCCAGCAUUAAAAAAAAAUGUUGCUCAAGAAUAUUAACUUAUCUCUAAGGUAUUACAUAGUAUUAUCAUCUUUAUUACUGUUAUUAUAUUAUGGUGAAUUAAAGGAUGAAAAAAUACGUGCCAUUUUAGCUUUUCUUUCUGUGUUUUUUUUACUGUGUAGCUAGCCAAUUGGCUGCCCAUAAUGGUGCAAUCAUAGCAAACUUGUCCAAAAAAAUAAAAAAUAACAAUGUUCCUUUUGUUGUAGGUGAUGUAGUUACAGUAUUGCAUUGUUUAGAGAGGAAAAAUGCUUCUUGUUUCAAAUUUUUAUUGUUUGCAUUUAUGUUAGUAGUACUGCUCUGGCUUGAUUAAAACCAUUCAUUUGUUAACAUUCAGCAGAACUAAUAAAGAUAUGUGAAAUAUUCA